GGGCUAUGCAGUUCAAACUCCGCUCUACUCCGAAAGACGCGUCUUUCUUGGUGGCAAUUCGCCAACAAGGAUCAACCGCCAUUUGCUUGUACUCCGUACCCAUACCCUAUCCUUCAAAUACCCACAAAAGCCGUCGAUUUUCAGACUGCGCCACUUUAGCACUACUUGACCGUUUUGCUACUCAUUUUCUCAAAAAUUCAUCAUGGGCCGGGCUCUCUUUUCCUCUGCCUACAACUCUGCACCCGCUGUAGCGACUCCCACGCCGUUCGCCGACACUCCUUACGAAAAGAUAUACGAGAAAUGGAGCAUGUUCAACCAAUUCGACCCAGAUUCGGAUGAUUUUUUCGAAGAUGCCCAGUAUGAGGCGUUCAUUACCGACGAGCAGGAGCAGGAGCAAGACAGCGAGCAGUCAGACGUCGGUAGCACCCCUGCCUUGUCGCGGGAGGGCAGCAUAGAGGACAGGGGCAGUCCCAUGGCUGUUGGCUCGGACGAUCCAGCUGCGAUGCUGGCUGAUGCAAUUGACAAUGGUGAAUGGGACCAGAGCGUCCCCACGGCCACCAUUGACGGCGACGUCGAGAGCGAUCCUCAGUGGCGGCGUGUGGGCGACCUUCCGAUCUGGACUAGGCCAGUCCUCGCCAAUACACGCUUCGUCUCAGACCCUCCAACAUCCAGCUUACCGCCCUUCCUGCCGCCGUCAUCGCUUCGCAACUCGACGACGGCGAGCGAUCUUGACGAUGACGAGCCACCCACCCCGCCGAGACGCAGCGUCGUUAUUGCGCCCAUCACCAUCCCCCGUUCGCCCAGCCCUGUCACUCCAGAUGCCCCCCUGACACCGCCCAAUGCUACCUUUUCUCUAUCUUCGUUGACUCCUUCCCCGGCUCCAUCCGUGACGCCUCGCGUCUAUCGCUGGCCUGCACCCCCCUCUCAGCAUGAGAGCUCUGG